AGAGGAGUGAGAGCGAGGGCAGGGCCUCAGCCGCCGCGGCCUUACCCCUCAGCUGACAGGCGCCUCCUCUUUCUUUCCCCCCGGCAUCCUCCGCGCUGCAGCGAGCCUCUUUCCCGGUCGGCCGCCGCCGCUGCUGCUGCUGCUUCUCGGGCUGCGCUUGCCGUCGCCUCCGCCGCCAUGGCCGCCUACAGCAAGUUCCUCACUGCGCGCUACUCCACCAUUGCCGGCGCCACCGCCGCCGCCUGCGCGGUGCUCUGCCUGCUCAGCAAGCGGAGGAAGGCGGCCGCCCUGCACGGAAAGAAAAGUGGAAAAACAUUACCUGGCAAUGAGAAAGAAGUCAAGAAAGAACGAGCUGUAGUAGACAGAGUAUUUUUUGCAAGAAUACGACAAAUCCUGAGAGUUAUGGUCCCUAGAACAUUUUGUAAAGAGACAGGUUAUUUGGUACUUAUUGCCAUGAUGCUGAUACUUCGCACAUACUGUGAUAUUUGGAUGAUUCAGAAUGGAACCGUUAUUGAGAGUGCAAUCGUAAGCAGGGAUCUGUCGCUAUUCAAGAAAUCCUUUUUUAAAUUUGUAGUUUCCAUUCCACUGAUUUCCCUGGUGAACAACUUCUUGAAGUACGGGCUAAAUGAGCUUAAGUUGUGUUUCCGUGUUCGACUCACCAAGUACCUAUAUGAGCAAUAUCUUCAGACUUACACCUAUUACAAAAUGGGGAAUCUGGACAACAGAAUAGCCAAUCCAGAUCAGCUGCUGACACAAGAUGUAGAAAAGUUUUGUAACAGUGUAGUAGACCUGUAUUCAAACCUUAGCAAGCCAUUUUUGGAUAUCGUUUUGUAUAUCUUCAAGCUAACAAGUGCAAUAGGAGCUCAGGGCCCUGCAUCCAUGAUGGGCUACUUGAUUAUUUCAGGAUUUUUCCUUACACGUUUAAGAAGGCCCAUUGGUAAAAUGACUAUCACAGAACAAAAAUAUGAAGGAGAGUACAGAUUUGUCAAUUCCCGGCUCAUUACAAAUAGUGAAGAAAUUGCUUUCUAUAAUGGGAAUCAAAGGGAAAAACAAACAAUUCACAAAGCUUUCCACAAACUGGUAGAGCACUUGCACAAUUUCAUUUUGUUCCGGUUUACUAUGGGCUUCAUAGAUACCAUUGUUGCCAAAUACCUUGCAACUGUCGUUGGCUAUCUGGUUGUUAGCCGUCCGUUUUUGAACCUGUCUCAUCCUCGCCAUCAGAAUAGUACCCAUGCAGAACUUUUGGAGGAUUACUACCAAAGUGGAAGAAUGUUACUGAGAAUGUCUCAAGCACUUGGCAGGAUAGUUCUCGCAGGCCGUGAAAUGACACGGUUGGCUGGUUUCACAGCUCGAAUUACAGAAUUAAUGCAAGUUCUGAAGGAGUUGAACAGUGGCAAAUAUCAGCGGACUAUGUUAGCCCAAGAAAAGGAUUCAGAAUUAGAAAAAGCUGUGCCACUGAUACCUGGCUCCGGGCGAAUAGUCAUCGCAGACAAUAUUAUCAAGUUUGAUCAUGUUCCAUUGGCAACACCGAAUGGCGAUAUGUUGAUUAGAGACCUCAACUUCGAGGUACGAUCUGGUGCAAAUGUUCUGAUUUGUGGGCCAAAUGGGUGUGGAAAGAGUUCUCUCUUCCGUGUCCUUGGUGAGUUGUGGCCCCUGUUUGGUGGCUGUCUGACUAAGCCUGAGAGAGGAAAGCUGUUUUAUGUUCCUCAGAGACCAUAUAUGACUCUUGGAACGCUCAGAGACCAAGUCAUCUAUCCAGAUACCAUAGAUGACCAGAGAAGGAAAGGAAUCUCUGACCAGGUGUUAAAGGAGUACUUGGACAACGUCCAGCUGGGUCAGAUCCUGGACCGUGAAGGAGGCUGGGAUAGUGUUCAGGACUGGAUGGAUGUUCUCAGUGGUGGAGAGAAACAGAGGAUGGCCAUGGCCAGAUUGUUUUACCAUAAGCCCCAGUUUGCAAUUCUGGAUGAAUGUACCAGCGCUGUUAGCGUCGAUGUGGAAGGCUACAUCUACAGCCAUUGUCGGAAAGUUGGUAUCACCCUCUUCACUGUAUCUCACAGAAAAUCACUUUGGAAACACCAUGAGUUCUACCUUCACAUGGACGGAAGAGGAAACUAUGAGUUCAAGAGGAUUACUGAAGAUACAAUUGAAUUUGGUUCUUAAAAACAACAAUAAUGCAUAAAUCUACAACCUACUUCAGUGACUGAAAACAGCACGGGGCAUAGAAAGACACAGAGUACAAUGUAAUUUAACAGAUGGCUCAUUCUUUAAACCAAUUACUGAGUGUAGGAUAACAAAGUGUCCAAAACAAGCUGUCGAGGCAUUUAUUAUAAUGUAGAAUAUUACUAAUUUGUGUAUAUGUUGGUUUAAAUAUUACUAUGUACUAAGAAUGUCCUUAUUCUUGUGGUUUUUAAAACCUGCCUAAAUUAAAUUGGGCUUAAAUCACUGUAACUUUGAUUCAUCCUGGGAUGUAAACAUUCUGAAGUCAACUAAUUCGACUUCUGCUUGACUUUUGCUUCCUCUGGGGAAGAACCCUUAUUAAAGUUAGGGUCGCUACCUCCUCUGCUCCCAGUGCAAAGAGA